CGUCAUCACAAAUGACGUCAUAGCAGGGUGGUGACGCAGGCCUGGUGAUGAUGGCAGAAGACAACUCCAGGUUGUCGGCUGCUACAAAUCACGAACAUACAGGCCACACCCCGCUGGCUCACAAGACACCUUUGCAUCUUGAAAACAGACCGGUUGCUGUGUAGUCGGUUUCAUGCAGAGCCAGCCGAGGUGCUUAGGUUUUAAAUUCAAAUCAACGACUUUGCAACGUAGUUCUUAUUGGCGAAAUUUCGUCUUCAAGGUCUUCUUUACCAUUCUUUACCAUUGGAGAGCGAGGACAUGAAAUGAGCCACGAGAAUUCUACAGAUGCUGUCAACUGGACGGAGGAGGAGAAAAAUGAGCAACUGGAUGAACUAAGCCGGGAGGCCUUCCGCAUGCUCCUCCCGAUCUUCAUCCUAUGCGUGUUGCUCAUGACCAUCGGCAUACCGGGCAACAUCCUGGUAUUUCUGGUGUAUCUGUUGCAGUUCCAGCCUUCCACAGCCCGCUUCUUUAUCAAGGCCAUGGCUAUCUGCGACCUAUUCACCAACACGAUCGCUAUACCUGCCAUGAUCUGGAAGAUAAGUCACCUCUACAGGCCGUGCCAUUCAAUCAGCUGCGAGUCGAUAAGUGUCGCGACCACCUUCCCCAUCAUGAUGUCCAGUAGCCUACUGAUCUGUGUGGCCUUUGACCGCUGGAGGCGUGUCUGUCUACCGCUUGAGUGGCAGUUGACCACCUUCCACGCUAAGCUGAUGCUGUUUGCGACCAUCCCCGUGACCUGCAUCUUUGUGGUGCCUUUGACCUAUCUUCGCGGGGAUCGGACGUUCAACACGAAAAUUGCCGGAUUGCAGGGUACGAUAUGUGACUUCACCACCGACCACCAUAAACAUGUUUACGGGAUCCUCUUGUUGGUGUACGUUUUGACCCUAAUGUUGCUGCUGGGCCUAGCCUACAGCAGCAUCUGCCUUCGACUCUACCAGCAGGACAGGGAAUUCCAGAAAAGGUUAUCUGUGACCACGAACGAUCCGUGUGUAAACAAGGAUCGUAUAUCCGAAGAUAGCUACUUGAAAAAUGAUUCUACGGUGCAGCAAAAUAGUAUGACUUCCGACAGCUUCAUGAUGGGGCAUUUUAGAGUGAUGAGACAUAAGCAUCAAGAUCAGUCGAUGUAUGGAAAUUACGCAAAUGAUAGUCAACAAAAUCCCACCAUUGACAUGCAGUGCAAUCCUCCACUUUUAGAGAUCGUCACAGAGUCAAAAUCAGUUACCCACACUGAGCCGCUAGAUGUUGAGAAGUCCAAACAGCCUUUGGCAUUAGAAGCCUCUAUUACCCAGCAACAAAAUGUAAUGGUCGGUAGCUUCCCAUCCUCUCAAAAUUUGCCAUCAACUACACCCUGUCCGACCCCGCCAAGGAUCCGAAUAAGUAGCUCUACUGACCCCUCUUUCUCAGGCUCAACGGCGAACCAUGCAGAAGCGGUAAUGCCCUCACCUAGCUUGUUAAAUGAACCAAUUUUCCGUAAGGAAUCAAGUAGUGUGGACACCAGACAACCAAACGUAUUAGAGGUGGCAAGUACCAAGAAACCUGAGGCACCGAUGAGCAGCCUCUCCCCUAUCACCACACCCACAGAAUGCUUAUCAGGACAGCCUCAUUUAUCUCUAUCUGUACCAGAAGGACUUGAUCGUGUCUUUACCGAUGAGAAGGAUGCCGGUCUGGACAGGCCCUUGGUGCCAGCAGUAUCGAGCACAUCCCAACCGGCCAAUGUUUCUUUAUGUGAUAACCCAACAGAAAACAUCGUCGCGCCACAGACCAACACGCUCUUGGAUAGCAAGCCUCAAUCAGUUAUCCCCCUCAAACAUGGACAUUCAGAUGUGACUCCACUCCCAGUGACUGAAAAAGAUGAUGGAGAUAUCAAAGGUCCCAGAAAACUCAGUUUACAGGAUGUAAGAUACGAAAGGAAGGAUGAUAGCCAUUUAGGUUUUCCUUCCCAGUCAAAGACAAGCGUUGACGAUUCAAGCAGCUUAACAUAUUCAUACAUUUUUUCUCCUGAUGUGAGUGUUCUGCAAACUGCGCAUUCAACCUCAAGGCAACGAACGAAUGAUAGGAACAAAAUCGUGGUACAACCCAAGACCAGAACUAAUCUGCUCUCCGUUACGACCUUGACGAUGCUGGUUGUCAGCACCAUCAGCGUAAUUUUUUACAUCCCUUUCAUCGUCGUGACGGUACUGAAAAUCAGUUAUGUGGACGUCACUUUGAGUGCUCUAAAACUGAACAUGGUUUCUCUAGCCCAGACAUGCGUUCUCUUCAACAGCGUCAUCAAUAUUUUCAUCUACAGCGUGUGCAACUACAAAUUUCGUGACGAGCUUCGGGUGCUUUUAACCAAGUGUUUACCUCAAUAAUCCCGGUGAUGAGUAAUGGUUAGUACAUUCGUGUUGAGCUUGCUGUUGCACUAUUGCAUUGACAUGAAACAGUUUUCGCUGGUCAUGAGACACGUGAUUGGUAUAGUUUCCCAAAACGUGUGACCCGGUCAACCCCUAACCUGUCGAAACAAGAACUUUAGUAUGUUGUUUUAAGAUAUAGACGUGACAGUAAAGAUGUAACUAUUGGAAGAAUGUGUAAUGAGUUAUAAGAAUUUCUUAGUCUUGAUGAUUCUGGAAUUCCUUGUAUUUAGCAACAUGGUCCUGUUGGGGACGUAUUCUGCAACUCAAGGGAUUUGAACCGUCUGUUGUUUCAAAAUUACAAACAUUACGAUGCACAGGAAGAGAUCACAACAAAACUAUCUUGACAAACCGAAUUAGCAUACGUUCCCAUUUAUUCUGUCAACUGAAGUCUUCACAAUGUAAUUCUAUC